UACCUCCCUCGGGAAGGAAAAGUAACACAGCCUUCCAGGGCAAAGAAGAGAGGACUGAAAGUUGUAGGAUAUUCCACAGGCCAAAGUACAUCUGCCUGGUUUGCUUUCUCUAAAAUCCCACACUUGGCUGGACUGGCUUCCUUCUUACCUGACAACCUAGGAGGGUUGGUGAGGAAUAUGUCCUCACCUUUUCUAUGGAGUUUGGUUAUUUUGGUGACAUUUGCUGAAUCAAAUGGGGAAGUUGGAGAGCUCGUGCUGCAGAGACAGAAAAGAAAUACUGACCUCCAACAGCCUCGAAUGGCUGCAGAGAAGGGAAAUCUAGUGUUUCUUACAGGGUCUGCUCAAAACAUUGAAUUUCGAACUGGAUCCCUGGGAAAAAUUAAAUUAAAUGAUGAAGACCUCGGCCAAUGUUUACAUCAGAUCCAGAAAAACAAAGAUGAUAUUACAAGUUUAAAAAGGAGUGCUGUCAGUCUGCCUCAGAAUAUCUCCAGUCAAAUCCAUCAGCUUAAUUCUAAGCUUGCGGAUCUGGAGAGAAAAUUUCAAAGCCUACAGCAGACGGUCGACAAAAAGGUCUGCAGCAGCAACCCCUGCCAAAAUGGUGGGACCUGCCUCAAUCUUCACAAUUCCUUUGUUUGCAUCUGCACCUCACAGUGGGAGGGUCCUCUGUGCUCAGUUGAUGUGAACGAAUGUGAGAUUUACUCAGAAACACCCUUGGGCUGCCAGAAUGGAUCCACGUGUGUAAAUACAGCAGGCAGUUACAGGUGUCUAUGCUCCCCAGAGACACACGGCCCCCAGUGUGCAUCCACAUACAAUGACUGUGAAGGGGGCUCCAAAGCACUCUGCGUCCACGGCAUCUGUGAGGAUCUAGUCCGAGUGCAGGCUGGAGAGCCCAUGUACAGCUGCAUCUGUGAUGCGGGGUGGACGUCCCCGCCGAGCAGCUCGGCCUGCCUGCUGGACAUCGACGAGUGCAGCCUCCAGCCUGCGCCGUGUUCCACACUUGCCCAGUGCUUCAACACCCCAGGCUCCUUCUACUGCGGGGCCUGCCCGACAGGCUGGCAAGGAAACGGAUACAGUUGCCAAGAUAUCAAUGAAUGUGACAUAAAUAAUGGCGGUUGUUCUGUGGUUCCACCUGUUACGUGUGUGAAUACAUUUGGGUCUUACCACUGUCAGGCCUGUCCACCAGGGUACCAAGGCAAUGGAAGAGUGUGCACGCUCGUCAAUGUCUGCUUGGUUGAUAAUGGAGGCUGCCACCCACAUGCGUCAUGCUCCUCAGUUCUAGGUUCUUUACCUCUCUGUACUUGUCUCCCGGGAUAUACUGGAAAUGGCUAUGGGCCAAAUGGAUGCGUGCAGCUCAGUAAUGUUUGCUCGAACCGCCCCUGUUUAAAUGGACAAUGCAUUGAAACGGUUUCUGGUUAUCUUUGUAAGUGUGAAUCAGGUUGGGCCGGCAUCAACUGUACAGAAAAUAUAAAUGAGUGUCUGAGCAACCCCUGCUUGAAUGGGGGAACUUGUGUGGAUGGCGUCAAUGCAUUCAGUUGUGAAUGCACACGUUUCUGGACUGGAUUUCUGUGUCAGAUUCCCCAGCAAGUUUGUGGAGGGUCCCUCUCUGGGAUGAAUGGAAGCUUCAGCUAUAAAAGCCCUGAUGUUGGUUAUGUGCAUGAUGUUAACUGCUUCUGGGUUAUCCGAACUGAAGAGGGAAAGGUGCUGCGUAUCACUUUCACUUUUUUCCAGUUAGAAUCAGUGAACAAUUGUCCACACGAGUUUCUUCAGGUUCAUGAUGGAGACUCCUCUGCAGCGUUUCAACUUGGAAGAUUCUGUGGCUCUGUUCCCCCUCAUGAACUCCUCAGUAGUGACAAUGCCCUGUAUUUUCAUCUCUACUCUGAACAUUUAAGAAAUGAGAGAGGCUUCACAAUAAGAUGGGAAACACAGCAACCAGAGUGUGGAGGUGUACUGACAGGCACUUAUGGUUCUAUUAAGUCUCCGGGAUAUCCUGGAAACUAUCCUUCAGGAAGAGAUUGUGUCUGGAAAGUUAUAACCAGUCCUGGCCUCUUGAUAACAUUUACUUUUGGGACCUUGAGUCUGGAGCACCAUGAUGAUUGCAGCAAAGAUUAUCUUGAGAUUCGAGAUGGUCCUCUGUAUCAGGACCCCGUUCUUGGAAAGUUCUGCACCACUUUCUCUGUACCACCACUGCAGACCACAGGUCCCUUUGCCAGAAUUCAUUUUCAUUCUGACAACCAGAUUAAUGACCAAGGCUUCCAUAUCACCUACUUAACAUCAGCAUCGGAUCUACGUUGUGGAGGAAACUACACAGACCCAGAGGGCCUUCUCUUUUCUGACUUGUCUGGACCUUUCACUCACAACAGACAAUGCAUCUAUAUUAUAAAGCAGCCCCUGGGAGAACAAAUACAGGUCAACUUCACCCAGGUGGAGCUGGAAGGCCAGAGUGGCUGUGCUCAGAGUUAUGUUGAGGUUCGAGAUGAUCAAACCUUGCUUGGAAAAGCCUGUGGCAAUGAAACUCUCUCUCAGAUUAAAUCCAUUACUAAUAGUAUCUGGAUCAGGCUUAAAGUAGAUGUUUCAGUUGUGAGAGCUAGUUUCAGAGCUGUUUAUCAAGUUGCUUGUGGAGGAGAAUUAACUGGAGAAGGGGUCAUUCGCUCACCUUUUUAUCCUAAUGUGUACCCAGGAGAAAGGGUCUGCAUAUGGACAAUCUACCAACCCCAAAGCCACGUAGUUAUUCUCAACUUCACUGCCUUUGAAAUAGGAAAUUCUGCCCACUGUGAUACAGAUUAUAUUGAGAUUGGUAGUAGUUCCAUUUUGGGUUCUCCUGAAAAUAAAAAAUAUUGUGGCACAGACAUACCUUCAUUUAUAACAUCUGUGUACAAUUUUCUUUAUGUCAUAUUUGUGAAAAGUUCUUCUACUGAAAAUCAUGGUUUCAUGGCUAAAUUCAGUACUGCAGAAUUAGCAUGUGGAAAAAUUCUCACAGAAUCAACAGGAAUCAUUCAAAGUCCUGGCCACCCAAAUAUCUACCCUCAUGGCAUCAACUGUACUUGGCAUAUAUUAGUCCAACCUGGCUACCUGAUUCAUUUGAUAUUCAGGAGAUUUCAUCUGGAGUUUCAUUACAAUUGCACAAAUGACUACUUGGAAGUUUAUGACACUGGUUCUGGGACAUUUCUUGGGAGAUAUUGUGGAAAAUCAGUCCCGCCCUCUCUUACCAGCAGUACCAAUGCAUUAAUGCUUGUAUUUGUGGCUGACUCUGACCUUGCAUAUGAAGGCUUUUUAAUAAACUAUGAAGCAAUUGACGUGUCAGCAGCAUGCAUGACAGACUAUACAGAAGAAUCUGGGACUUUUACUUCUCCAAACUUCCCCAAUAAUUACCCCAACAACUGGAAAUGCAUUUAUAGGAUCACGGUGGAAACCAGCCAACAGAUUGCAUUGCACUUUACAAACUUCUCCUUGGAGGAGGCCAUUGGUGGAGAGUGCAUAGCAGAUUUUGUGGAAAUCAGAGAUGGAGGCAGUGAAAGUUCACCACCCCUGGGAAAAUACUGUGGCUCAAAUCCACCUCCAAGAAUCAUCUCUCAUAGUAACAAACUAUGGUUAAGAUUUAAGAGUGACUUCUUUGGCUCAGCAUCUGGAUUCUCAGCUUACUGGGAUGGAUCAUUAACAGGUUGUGGGGGCAAUCUCACCACCCCCACUGGCAUGUUCAUAUCUCCCAACUACCCGAUGCCCUACUACCACAGCUCCGAAUGCUAUUGGUGGUUGAAAUCCAGCCAUGGCAGCCCAUUUGAGCUGGAAUUUGAAGACUUUCACUUGGAGUACCACCCAAACUGCACUUUAGAUUAUCUGGCCGUAUAUGAUGGCUCAAGUACCAGUUCUCAUUUGCUCAGUCAGCUUUGUGGGGAUGAAACACCGCCUCUCAUCCGUUCUAGUGGAGACAGCAUGUUUUUAAAACUCAGAACAGAUGAAGGUCAACAAGGAGGUGGCUUCCUGGCCAAAUACCAGCAGACCUGUGAGAACGUGGUAAUUGUGAACCGAUCCUAUGGCCUCUUAGAGAGUAUACAUUAUCCAAAUCCCUAUUCUGACAAUCAGCGUUGUAACUGGACCAUCCAAGCGACAACGGGCAACACGGUGAAUUAUACAUUUUUAGCAUUUGAGUUGGAAACUCACACAAACUGCUCCACAGACUACUUAGAGCUCUACGACGGCCCCCAGCGGAUGGGGCGCUACUGUGGAGCUGACCUACCGCCUGCAGGGAGUACCACGGGCUCCAGGCUUCAAGUGCUGUUCCACACCGAUGGGGUCGGUCACCAUGAGAGAGGAUUUCAGAUGCAGUGGUUCAUUCAUGGCUGUGGCGGGGAGUUGUCUGGGACUACGGGCACCUUCAGCAGCCCCGGGUACCCUAACACGUACCCCCCCAACAAGGAGUGCAUCUGGUACAUUAACACAGCCCCUGGGAGUAGCAUUCAGCUCACCAUCCACGACUUUGAUGUGGAGUAUCACGCAAGGUGCAACUUUGACGUCCUGGAGGUCUAUGGAGGCCCUGAUUUCCACUCGCCCAGAAUAGCCCAGUUAUGUGCCCAAAGGUCAUCUGAGAGUCCCUUGCAGGUCUCCAGCACUGGAAAUGAGCUAGCCAUCCGCUUUAAGACCGACAGCUCUAUAAAUGGGAGAGGCUUCAAUGCCACAUGGCAGGCAGUCCCUGGAGGUUGUGGCGGCAUUUUCCAGGCUCCCAAUGGAGAGAUUCAUUCUCCAAAUUACCCCAGUCCUUAUAGGAGUAACACCGACUGCUCCUGGGUCAUUCGGGUGGAAAGAAAUCACCGUGUUCUCUUGAACUUCACUGACUUUGACCUUGAACCUCAGGACUCUUGUAUUAUGGCAUAUGACGGCGUAAGCCCCACAACUGCCCGCCUUGCCAGAACGUGUGGAAGACAGCCGCUGGCUAACCCCAUCGUUUCUUCAGGAAACAGCCUCUUGUUGCGAUUUCAGUCUGGCCCUUCCAGACAGAGCAGGGGCUUCCGAGCUCACUUCAGCCAAGCCUGUGGGGGCUACAUCCUUACCGACUCAUCGGAUACUAUAUCCUCUCCAUUGUUCCCUGCCAAGUAUCCACACAAUCAGAACUGCAGCUGGAUAAUUCAAGCUCAGCCUCCAUUCAAUCACAUCACCCUCUCCUUCAGCCACUUUGGACUUGAAAGCACUGCAAUGUGUACACAAGACUUUUUAGAAAUUUUGGAUGGCAAUUAUGAUGACGCACCCCUCCGAGGCCGCUACUGUGGUGCCUCCAUGCCACAUCCCAUCACUUCCUUUAGCAAUGCUCUGACGCUGAGGUUUGUCUCAGAUUCUAGAGUGAAUUCUGAGGGUUUCCAUGCUACAUACGCCGCGUCAUCAUCAGCUUGUGGUGGAACCUUCCACAUGGCUGAAGGCAUCUUCAACAGCCCUGGCUACCCGGAAGUUUAUCCCUCUAACGUGGAAUGUGUCUGGAACAUUGUCAGUUCCCCUGGCAACCGGCUCCAGCUGUCUUUUAUAACUUUCCAGUUGGAGGAUUCUCAGGACUGUAACAGGGAUUUUGUGGAGAUCCGCGAAGGAAACGCCACUGGUACUUUGGUGGGGCGAUAUUGUGGAAAUGUCCUCCCCCUCAAUUAUUCAUCCAUUGUUGGGCACAGACUGUGGAUCCGAUUUGUCUCCGAUGGCUCAGGCAGUGGCAUAGGCUUCCAAGCCACAUUUACUAACAUAUUUGGCAAUGAUAAUAUUGUGGGAACUCAUGGGAAAGUCGCCUCUCCCUUAUGGCCUGGACAUUACCCCCACAACUCUGAUUACCAAUGGAUAGUAAAUGUGGAUGCGUCUCAAGUUAUCCAUGGUAGAAUCUUGGAGAUAGACAUUGAAGCAACUCAAAACUGCUAUUAUGACAAAUUAAGGAUUUACGACGGGCUUGGUGUUCAUUCCCGCCUCAUUGGAACUUACUGUGGUACCCAGACCAAAUCUUUUAGCUCCUCUAGAAAUUCCUUGACAUUUCAGUUUUCUUCUGACUCUUCAAUCUCAGGGAAAGGAUUCCUUCUGGAGUGGUUUGCAAUGAAUGUCUCUGUUGGACCUUCCCCUACAAUUGCUCCAGGUGCUUGUGGUGGGUUCCUGAGGACAGGAGAUGCGCCAGCCUUUCUUUUCUCCCCAGGCUGGCCCGAAAGCUACAGUAACAGCGCUGACUGUAUGUGGCUCAUUCAGGCUCCAGAUUCUACUGUGGAACUCAACAUCCUUGCCCUGGACAUCGAAGCUCACAGAACAUGUGACUAUGACAAACUUGUGAUAAGAGAUGGAGACAAUAACCAGGCCCAGCAGCUAGCGGUUCUCUGUGGCAGAGAGAUCCCUGGACCCAUCCGGUCCACUGGAGAGUACAUGUUCAUCCGAUUCACCUCUGACUUCAGUGUCACCAGACCGGGCUUUAAUGCAUCCUUUCAUAAGGGUUGUGGUGGAUAUUUGCAUGCAGACAGGGGGAUCAUCACAUCACCUCAGUAUCCAGAGACCUACGGUCCCAACCUCAACUGCUCGUGGCAUGUCCUGGUUCAGAGUAGUCUGACCAUUGCUGUCCAUUUUGAACAGCCCUUCCAGAUUCCAAACGGAGAUUCUUCGUGCAGCCAGGGCGAUUACUUGGCGCUAAAAAAUGGACCUGAUAUCUACUCUCCACCCUUGGGAAGCCAUGGAGGAAACGGUCGUUUUUGUGGCAGUCGCCCUUCAUCCACUCUGUUCACCUCAGAUAAUCAAAUGUUUGUUCAGUUUAUUUCUGAUGGCAGUAAUGGAGGGCAAGGAUUUAAAAUCAAAUAUGAGGCAAAGAGUUUAGCCUGUGGGGGCAAUAUCUACAUCCACGAUGCGGAUUCUGCUGGCUAUGUGACCUCCCCCAACCACCCUGACAAUUACCCCCAGCACGCUGAUUGCACGUGGCUCAUAGCGGCUCCCCCUGGAAAGCUCAUAAGGCUGCAGUUUGAAGAUCAAUUCCAUAUUGAAGAAACACCCAGCUGCACAUCCAAUUACCUUGAGUUGCGUGAUGGGGCUGACUCAAAUGCACGGGUACUUUCCAAGGUUUGCGGAACAUCUUUGCCCAACAGCCAGUUGUCCUCAGGAGAGGUGAUGUAUUUGAGAUUCCGAUCUGACAACAGCCCCACACAUGUGGGGUUCAAGAUCAAGUAUGCUAUAGCCCCGUGUGGGGGAAGAGUGACAGGGCAAAGUGGUGUCAUCGAAAGCAGCGGAUAUCCAACACUGCCGUAUAGAGACAAUUUGUUGUGUGAGUGGCAUCUGGAGGGUCCCUCGGGACACUACCUCACCAUCCAUUUUGAAGACUUUAACCUUCAGAAUUCCUCUGGCUGUGAGAAAGACUUUGUGGAGAUCUGGGAAAACCAUACCUCUGGAAAUUUAUUGGGCAGAUACUGUGGAAACACCAUUCCCGACAGCAUAGACACUUCUAGCAAUAUCGCUUUGGUCAGGUUUGUCACAGAUGGCUCUCUGACUGCUUCGGGAUUUAGACUACGGUUUGAAUCUAGCAUGGAAGAGUGUGGUGGAGACCUACAGGGCCCUACCGGAACAUUCACUUCUCCCAACUUCCCGAACCCAAAUCCUCACAGCCGGCUCUGUGAGUGGAGGAUCACGGUGCAGGAAGGAAGGCGGGUCACCCUGACGUUUAACAAUCUGAGGCUGGAAGUUCAUCCAUCCUGCAACAGCGAGCGUGUGACAAUAUUCAAUGGCAUUAGAAGUAACUCACCCCAGCUAGGGAAACUGUGUAGCAGUGUGAAUGUAAGUGAGGAGAUCAAAUCUUCAGGACACAAAAUGAGAGUCGUGUUUUUCACUGAUGGAUCCAGGCCAUAUGGAGGUUUCAGUGCUUCCUACACAUCCAGUGAAGAUGCAGUAUGUGGUGGGUCCCUUACAAAUUCCGCCAAAGGAAACUUCACUUCCCCUGGCUAUGACGGAGUCAGUAAUUACUCAAGAAACUUAAAUUGUGAAUGGACUCUCAGCAAUCCAAAUCAGGGAAAUUCAUCCAUUUACAUUCAUUUUGAAGAUUUUUACCUGGAAAGUCACCAAGACUGUCAGUUUGAUGUCCUUGAGCUACGAGUGGGGGAUGCUGAUGGGCCUCUGAUGUGGAGACUUUGUGGACCUGCAAAACCUACAGUGCCACUGGUUGUACCUUAUCCUCAGGUGUGGAUACACUUCGUCACCAAUGAACGUGUAGAAUAUGUUGGAUUUCAUGCGGAGUAUUCUUUUACAGACUGUGGUGGAAUACAACUGGGUGAGAGUGGCGUAAUCACAAGUCCCAACUAUCCAGCCUCUUACGACAGCUCGACUCACUGUUCCUGGUUGUUAGAAGCCCCACAAGGCCAUACCAUCACUCUUACGUUUAGUAACUUUGAUAUCGAAGCCCAUGCAACCUGCGCUUGGGACUCUGUAACCGUCAGGAACGGCGGUUCUCCUGGAUCGCCCCUAAUAGGACAAUACUGUGGAAGUUCAAACCCCAGGACGAUCCAGUCUGGUUCCAACCAGCUGGUGGUGAUUUUUAACUCGGACCAUUCGGUGCAAAAUGGUGGAUUUUAUGCUACAUGGAACACACAAACUUUAGGCUGUGGGGGAAUACUUCAUUCAGACAAUGGUACAAUCAGAUCCCCUCACUGGCCUCAGAAUUUUCCCGAGAACAGCAGAUGUACCUGGACAGUCAUUACUCAUGAAAGUAAGCAGUUGGAGAUCAGCUUUGACAACAACUUCCUAAUCCCCAGUGGUGACGGACAGUGUCAGAACAGCUUUGUGAAGGUGUGGGCAGGAACUGAGGAAAUGGACAAAGCCCUGUUAGCCUCGAGCUGUGGCAGUGUGGCUCCCGGUUCCAUCAUGACACCAAGAAAUGCAUUCACAGCCGUGUUCCAGUCUCAGGAAGCCCCGGCUCAGGGCUUCUCUGCAUCCUUUGUGAGCCGAUGUGGAGGUAAUUUCACCAACCCUUCAGGUUACAUCCUUUCUCCAAACUACCCAAAGCACUAUGACAACGACAUGAAUUGCACCUACAUCAUCAUUGCUGAUCCUCUGUCCCUGGUCCUCCUGACUUUUGUGUCUUUCCACUUGGAAGCUCGCUCAGCCGUAACGGGUAGCUGUGACAGUGAUGGCCUUCACAUCAUCAGAGGCUCCAGCUUCUCUUCCACGCCUUUUGCCACCAUAUGUGGUGACGAGAUCCUGCCUCCUGUCACCAUCGUAGGCCCGGUGCUGUUCAACUUCUACUCAAAUGCAUAUACCACUGCCUUGGGAUUCAAGCUUGACUAUAAGAUAACCCCCUGUGGCGGUGUGUUCAACUUCUCCAUCGGGGUCAUCAGGAGCCCUGCCUAUGCACAUUCAGACUACCCCAACAAUAUACACUGUUUGUACACCAUCAUUGGCAGAGAGGACAGAGUGAUUCAGCUCAAGUUUAGUGAUUUUGAUGUGGUUCCCUCCACCUUCUGCUCCCAAGACUAUCUGGCAAUUUAUGAUGGUUCUAACAUCAGUAAUCCUCUUCUUGGAAAAUUCUGUGGGUCCAUUCUUCCACCAAAUAUUAGGAGCAGCAAUAACAGCAUGCUUCUGGUAUUCAAGACAGAUUCGUUUCAAACAGCAAGAGGUUGGAAAAUAACUUUCCAUCAGACACUGGGGCCUCAGCAAGGAUGUGGUGGUUAUCUGACAGGUUCAAGCGAUACCUUUGCCUCUCCUGAUUCUGACUCCAAUGGAAGAUAUGACAAGAAUUUAAACUGUGUAUGGUUCAUAGUUGCACCUGUAAACAAAGUGAUUAAACUCACCUUCAAAACAUUUGCUCUGGAGGCACCAAGUAGUGCACAAAGAUGCAUAUAUGAUUAUGUAAAGUUGUAUGAUGGGGAUAGUGAAAAUGCCAACUUGGCUGGAAUGUUUUGUGGCUCUACUGUACCUGCUCCCUUUAUCUCUUCUGGCAACUUCCUGACGGUUCAAUUUGUCAGUGACCUAACUGUAGAACGACAAGGAUUUAAUGCUACUUAUACCAUUGUGGACAUGCCUUGUGGUGGAACAUAUAACGCAACUUGGACCCCCCAAAGUAUUUCGUCACCCAAUUCAUCAGACCCAGAAAUCCCAUUUUCCACGUGUACUUGGGUCCUCGAAGCCCCUCCACAUCAGCAGGUCAAGAUCACUGUGUGGGCAUUGCAACUGCACCCACAAGACUGUGACCAGAACUACUUAGAGUUUCAGGACUCACCUGAGAGCAAUGGAAAUCCAGGAAUUCAGUUCUGUGGCAGAAAUGCUUCGGCUGUACCGACGUUCUAUUCUUCUGCGAGUACGGCAAUUGUCGUUUUCAAAUCCGAAGUUCUCGACAGAAACUCCAGAGUGGGUUUCACGUAUCAGAUUGCAGGUUGCAACAGAGAGUAUAACAGGGCAUUUGGCAAUCUCAAGAGUCCGGGAUGGCCAGAUAAUUAUAACAAUAACAUGGAUUGCACUGUUACUCUCACGGCCCCUCAGAACCACACCAUUUCCCUCUUUUUUCAUUCAUUUGGCAUCGAGGACUCAAGUGAAUGCACGCACGAUUUCUUGGAGGUAAGAAACGGCAGUGACAGCAGCUCGCCCUUACUGGGCACGUACUGUGGAACCCUGCAGCCAAAUCCUAUCUUUUCUCAAAACAAUGAACUGUACCUACGGUUUAAGAGUGAUGGUGCAACUUCCAGUCUUGGAUAUGAAAUUGUCUGGACCUCAUCACCCUCUGGCUGUGGUGGAACUCUUUACGGACACAGUGGCUCCUUCACCAGCCCUGGCUACCCGGGAACUUACCCAAACAACACUCACUGUGAAUGGACCAUCAUUGCUCCUGCUGGCAGACCUGUCACAGUCAGCUUUUACUUUGUCAGCAUUGAUGAUCCCGGAGACUGUGUCCAGAACUAUCUCAUACUCUACAAUGGACCAGAUGCUAAUUCUCCAGCCUCUGGACCAUACUGUGGGGCAGACACGAACAUAGCUCCCUUUGUGGCCUCCUCACAUCGGGUCUUCGUAAAAUUUCAUGCAGAGUAUGCACUGCGGCCAUCAGCCAUCCGGUUAACUUGGGACAGCUAACUAUGUAACACGGUGUGGUGGCUGUACUGCAGGGCCCUCGGGCAUGAGCACAAGUCUGCCAUCCUGAUGCGGGAUUCUGCCUCUGCCACUGGGAAUAAUCUGAAUUUUGUUUUCACCAACGUAUGUGUGGAAUCAAUAUGCAUACAUUAUAUUUUUGUUUUAAUAUAGAAUGUAGCUUCAUUAGCCUUGGCUGUGCUUGUCACCCUUCCUUCUAACACUUUGAGCAGAAAAGUUCCUAAAAUCCCUUAUAAAGUUGGAAAUGAUUAUGGCAAAUGUGACGGAAACUGUCAAAAGUUAAUGAUAAAACAGGAGUAUGAUUCUCACUGUGAAUGUCCAAUGAGGGGUAAUAAACAGUAACGAAUUGUACAUGAUGACGUUGCACUCAUUUUUAACUCAUUAGCAUUGAGUCCUUCACUAGCAGGUGUAGGUUUUCAAGUGGAAUUUUUACAUGUGGAUGAAGUACGCAGAUCCUUCAGAAGACGAACUAUGGAGCCAUGCUGCCUGCAUUGACCGUUAGCCCUCCUUGCUGAAGCUUCCUUAACUUCUCUGAGCUUUCAUUUACAUGUGUCCCACCAUUGCCCAUUUCUAGCUUACCAGCACUGUAUGUAAAGUCCUACAUAGCUUAACAACGCUUUUGUAAAGUUUUCUGCUGCCUUUAACCAAACAUGUUAUGCUAAAUAUGCAAAGUUAAGUCUCCGUAACAACAUGGGACAAAGUGAAAGGAAGACGCUGUGGAAUGUGCGACUUCAUCCUACUCGGAUAGUCAAGGGCCAGAGAAAUUGCUUCUGCACAGAGUACAGAGCCACAUGAAUAAAACAUUCUCACCUUUA